AUGCCUAUCGAAGUUAUCGUUGCUGGUCUACCACGAACGGGAACAACAUCAAUGCGAAUGGCUCUUGAACAAUUAGGUUUUGUAAAAGUAAUGCAUAUGAAUCCUGACACUGCUGAUCCACAAGUAAUAGCAGCCUGGCGAGAAGUCUAUGCAAAUCAUUUCGAGAAAACAUGGACCAGUCAAGAUUGGCGAGAUUUUUUUGAUAAACGUUUCCCAGAAUAUGUGGCUGGUGUCAAUUCUCCGUUUGCUGAUUUUGCAGUUGAAAUUGCUCAAGCCUAUCCUAAUGCGAAGGUACAUUGA